GCUCGACAAGCCCCCUCCCCUACCCCAUGUGUUCACUUUAGAUUAAAUCUAAAAACUAUUCCAAAAUCCACACGUUCAAGUACCUACUUGGGUACUCAACUUGACGCCGUCGAGACGACACACCUGUUGUUGUUGCCGAGUGCCGACUAGUCGUCGUCGUAUAUAGUAGUUAUAGUAGUUGUACUGUUGUAGUAUAAAUAGAGAAUAAAGUGGUAGUCGUCGUAAUCGUGUAAUUUGAGUACUUAUUCCGUUUACGCCGAACAGGUACAGACGUACAGUUGUAUAGAGAAUAGACUACAGAAGUCGACCGGUUACAAUUACUAACAAAAAUGGAUUGGGAAUCAUUUUAUGACACUCAUCCUUCUCCUUCAAACUAUGAAUCUACUAUAACCAGUGUUGAAAAUUUUGUUUGCAGCCAUGAAAACAAAAAAAUGGUGUUGAUAACUUCUGGAGGAACUACAGUUCCAAUUGAACAAAAUACUGUCCGCUUCGUUGACAAUUUUAGUCUAGGAACUAGAGGUUCUGCUUCUGCUGAAUAUUUUCUUGAUGCUGGAUAUGUUGUUAUAUUUCUUUAUCGUUCAAAUUCAUUGGAGCCAUUUGUUCGUCAUUUCAACAAUUCACUAUUAGAUAAAUUGGAGAUUGUAGACAAUAAAUCAAUACAAGUGAAAGAAAGUGAACUUGAUACGCUCUUCCCAAUACUGAAGAAGUACAAAGAUGCUAAAAAUGAUAACAGAAUCCUAACAGUUCCUUUCACUACAUUGAUAGAGUAUAUGUGGUUGUUGAGAGGUUCUUGCAUGCUUAUGGAUACCAAGUAUUCUCUACUUUAUUUAGCUGCUGCCGUUUCAGACUUCUAUAUACCGCCCAAUGAAAUGGCUGAACAUAAAGUUCAAUCCAAAGAUGGACCUCCAGUUAUUGCCUUACGACUGGUACCUAAAGUUUUAUACGCUGUUACUCAUAUUUGGGCUCCAAAUGCAUACAUAAUUUCAUUCAAACUAGAGACUGAUAAUGAGAUUUUAGAAGAGAAAGCCAAAGGGGCUCUUAUUAAAUACAAGCAUCAACUUGUGAUUGGGAACUUACUACACACAAGGAAACAUAAUGUCAAGUUAAUAGCUCAAGAUGGUGUAAUUGAAGACAUUUUAUUGACUGAGGCAGACGUCAAAAAAGGAAUUGAGAUUGAAGAUUUAAUAGUAUCAAAUGUCAAAGCUAAACAUGACCAAUUCUUUGAAAGUCAAAAUUAAUGACCAAAUAAUGUAUAAUCAAAAUUACAGUUGGUUCAGAAAUUAGAGAUAAUGCUCUUUUUUAAAUUUUGUUUGAUUGAAAAAUAUUUAUUGGAUUUCAGUGUUUUUCAAACUUUUUAUGUGAAGAUUUCCCAAAUUGUAGUGUCUAGUCUUGCAACUUUUUUAUGUGAAAGAAUUUUUAAUUUAUUAAUUUAUACAAUAAGUAAAACUCAUUUUUUAAGGUUUUAUUAUGGCUGUUUUAUGGGAACUGUGUUUGGAAUACUUCUACAAAGUUUUCAUUAUCAACAGUAUGAUUUGGUCCUCGACGGGUUAUUAUCCAUAUUUAUAAAUAUAUUCCUAAACACAUAUUUAACUUAAUACUAAUUACAUUAUAAAAGACCAAAUAGUUCUGUCACUUAUUUUCCUUGAAUAAUUUGCUUUCUAUUGUCAGUGUUUAGUACCAGUUCUCAUUAAUUCUACAUGCAUACACAUAUCCGGGAUCCCACUACAAGACAUGAACAGACUGUAAUAAUAUCAAAGUUUUUAGAUAAUAUAUUAUCCCAGGUCCAUACAGAAUCUGUUUUUGUUUUGUUUCUGGUUUUAAAAACAAUUUAGAUUGUCCCAUCUAUGUUGGGAAAAGUUGAGCUUAUAUUUUCUUUUUCUGCAUGGACUCCAUAUUAGAAAAAUCACCAGAUUGAAAACUCUUAGUAGUAUGAAAUACCUGGUAUUUUUUGGUCAAUUAUUUGUGUGAAAGUUCAUACACAAGGUGGACUACCAUAGUUUUUCGUUUUCCUAUAAGGUCAACACAAAAAAUAACAUGGUGGCUUAUCUUGUUGUAUGUUUGGGAACUUUUAUUUGGUUAUUAUUAGAAUUGUAUUUUUUUUCAACUGUUGUUGAAACAAAAUCUGGAGUGUAAUUAGUUUUAUGCAAUCUGUUUUUUUAUGUGUUUAAAAAUAUUUUCCCGGUAUUAUUACUUAAUAAAGUAUUAAGAUUUAUACGUAUUUA